CAGCUCCCGGCGCCCAUGCCGCACGCCCAUGCCAGCGACGACUCCACACGUCGGCGAUCCUCGGCCUCCGCUCGAGCGCGUCCUUAUCCUCUCCCCGAGGCCACGUUGCCCUUUCGCCUUUCCUCUUCUCCUUCCUCGAGCUCGAGACGAGCAGAGCCGAGCGGAGCGCCGUCGACGUCGCGCCGACCACCCCUCGCUUUCCCGCCCCGUUUCCACUCCCCACAGCCGAUUCGCCUCGCCCCGAAGCUCCGCAGCCUCUCCACGAGCCCGACCGAGCCUCUCCCCGGCCGAAUCGGCCCGGCGCCGCGCCAUGGCCGCUACGGCCACGAGCUGAGCACCAAGCCGCCGCUCCCCUUCUAUGCCACUGUCGCCAUCGCCGGCCACCCCAAGCCCAUGUGCCGCGCCUCUGCGAGCCACUGCGCGCCGCGGACGCCCUUGGCCAGGCUGAUCUCCGCGCCGCUCCGCUGCGCCGUCGACCGGCCUCGCCGCUGGCAGGAACGCCGCUCGCCAUGGCCGCCGUUUGUCCUGCACGUCGAGCCCUUCCUCCGGUUCUCCUCCGCCCGAAUCAAAGCCGUGGUACGCUAGAUGUGUGACGCGUGGAACUGAAGGGUGAUGUUGGAGUCGAUCCAGAAGAUGGUGUAUUGAUGAACCGACCCAGAAGAUGGAAGGACCGACUGGAGUGCAUGCUUGGACUGGGAUGAUGUCAAGCCGGUGCAAGACUACAAGCUAACUAACUGACUUUGUGUCAAACCCAGGCAAGCCCCGGAGCA